GGUUAUCCUUGUUGACGAGUGCCGAGCACCCGUCCCAGGUACAUUUUACUUUGUCCUUUGCUUGGCUAGCCUGCACAACGGGAACAAACAGUUGCACGUUGGGUCCGAGUCUAGCUGAAGGACUUGAUAGGACAUGUUCCUCGUAAUAGAUGCCUUGGAAGGGUUGCACAGCGGGCUCAUAGCCAUAAUCGGGCGUUCCACACAGCGAUAGAUCUAGGGAUACAUUGUAAGCGUUUAAGGAAAAGCUGUGAAUGAUAGGGAAUCAACCAAGGAUGCCGAAAAGGCCUCCGAGUACAUGCUGUGCUGGGGCUGAGUUACAUAGUUGGCAGAACUGCGGGCGUUGUGGGGCAAUAAGCCUGUACAUGGUAAGCGUCUAAGGAAAAGCUUGCAUAUACAGCAACUUACCUCGGGGAGAACCUGUACCCUCUGACAGUGAUCCCAUGACCCUGAAUGAUGUUCCAUGGGGUGUAGGCUGUGGCGCGAGGCAGUGGAUGGUAUUGAGGCCAUCGAAUCCAGCUUUGGAGUCGACGGUGCUAUUGCAUCCGCCUGAAUUCUCCGUUGUGGCAUCUGACUGGCAGUCGUCAAGGAGUUCCCUAAAGAGGCUACGGACCCCUUGGAUUUCCUCGUGCACGCGAUACUCUAACCUGUCGAGGUGCUUAAGACAUGACUGCAGGGCCAGUCUCGUUGAAUGUUGGUCAAGGGCCUGCCCUGACCGUAAGGACGAUGGGUUUUGUGGUGUCGAUCUGGAUGAAUUCAUGGUGCGUUCAUGUCUUUUUUUACGAUGCAUGCGUAAGCUAUCCAUAUGUUCUGUAGACUCUAGGCGAGAGGUGAAGCAGUGUGAAUGCGGGAGAAUACUUGUUAUUCUUGAACACCAAAUGGAACAUCACCUGAAGCCUUUAUACCGUGUUCUUUACGCCCAUGGCGCAUCUGGCAGGCGUAAUGUGGGCUACUCUGAUCCAACGAGUAAUUUUUUUGUACUAGCCUCAUAUCGUGUAGGAUCAAUUGGCAGGUAUUUUUGCAGUGCAAAGUGGAAGUAUUGCUUAUCGCUUCGAAUCUGAUCAGCUUGGCUGCUACCUGUCAUAGAUUCAGAUUGCUUGACAACCAUGCGCA